AUGAGGAUCGGCGGUCGGCGUCCAUGGCAGGACCUCGCGCCGGAGCUGCUGGAACUCGUCUUCCUGCGCGUGUCGUCCCACGUCGCGCGCGUCCGCUUUCGCGCUGUCUGUCGCCCGUGGCGCGCCGCCGCGGCUGCCGCGGCCGCGCCGCCUGUUCCUCUGCUUCCGUUGCUGGCCCUCCGUAACGCCGCCUGCGUCCUCAGCCUCCCUGAAGGCACCGUCCACCGCGUCCCCGUGCCAGUUCCCGACGACGUCAUCCAGAGCGUCUCCACCGGCGCCAUGCUCUUUCUCGUGCACCGCGACGGCGGGUGCUCCCUCAUGGACCCUCUCUCCACGACGAUCACCCCUCAGCACAUCAGCCCCGACUGCCUCUGGCCCUCGAGGCCGUCGAAGAGGCAGAGGGCAGCGGUUCCCCCCUUCGCUGGCAACAUCUCCAAGGUGGUGGUGGCGGACCACGUCGUGGCCGUCCGGACUGGCGUCAACCUUGGGUCAAAGAAGGUCGCUCUCUCUGCCCGCGGACCCAGAGGCCGCCGCUACAUGGCGUGGGAGUGGGACCCGCCCCACUACUUGGACAGCGUCGUCGACAUUGCGCUCUUCAGAAGGAAGCUCUACGUUCUAACGAGAGUACACAAUGACCCAUGCCGGACUGAGCUCUACGUCCUGGAAGACAACCUCCCCGCCGGCGAUGUCACAUACAUGCAGUGCAUAUGCAGUGAACCCCCGGCCAGGCCGGAGCAAUCGUACUACCACAGGGCUGACCCGUCCUACUACUACUACCUGGUCUCAUCAGGCGAUCGGCUUCUGAUGGUGAUGGAGCACGCCGCCGCGCCGGCCAAGUUCGAGGUCUUUGAGGCGGCGGGGCUAGGCAGUGGCCACGGACGGUGGAGCAAGAUCGAGACGCUGGAUGGUCGUGCUCUGUUCGUGAGCAAAGGCUGCUCGAAGUCGCUUCCCGCUGGUGAGCUGGUUGGAGCUCGAGAGGACCACAUCUACUUCAUCAGUAAGCGUGACGACUCGGACAACGAGUCCAGCGAGGAGCUCCACUCCGGCGUGUACAGCAUGAAGGAAGGGAAGGUGGCACCGUUGCCGUUGGAGACGACAGGCGCAUGGCAAGGUCGUGCAUGGCCGCCGACCUGGUUUUUCCCGACCCGAACUUGA